CCGACACAGGCAGCAGGAUGUGGCAGUCACCACUACUGGCGACAAAAAUUUUCUAACAUGUCUUGUGGUUGGCAACAGGCUCAGACCCCUCACGACUCGCGAAACCUCUCGCGUCUUUGGGAGCAUUACUCCGCGCAGGGGCUUUAGCACAGUCGUCGUCGAGGAAACAUUACACAAGAGCGUGGUCUCAAUGGACGUAUUGGUGUAAAAUAAUGGGACUUAGCCCGUGGCUCAGUAAGGCCUCGAUAGACAAGAACGCGGAGCAAUUGGGUGUGUUCGCUGUUUAUCUCGGGCAGUACGGAGCGAAUCGCUCUCAGCAAGGAAACACAUAUUCCACGAUUUGUUCGAAAUUGUGUGCGGUACGCUGGUUUCAUCGCAAUACGGCAGGAUACGACCCUGGUGUAAAUGCCAGUCACGCGAUUUUGCUUCGAGGAACUCGGCGAUUUACCAAUCCUGUCGUCAAGCAGCAGCCUCUGACAGCACGCCUGAUUCGUCUCAUUUUCGAAGAACUUGACCUCACGCAGACUCGACACCAACUUUUAUGGGGUGGUCUUUUACUCGGAUAUUUCUUCCUGCUGAGACGUUCUGAAUAUCUAUUCAUUGGGCGGCAAUUUCACAACUAUACUCUUCGGCUCGAGGCAAUUAAGUUUUACGACAAUCACGAGCGCUUAGUAGCACCUAAGCGAGCCAUGGCAGUUGGCAUCUCUCUCAAUGGAGCCAAAAACAACCAAUUCGGCCGUGAGGAAAUGCGUUACCACAGCAAGUCAAACGAUUCGCUGAUCUGUCCGGUUCGAGCAGCGCGAUGGGUCCAUAAAGCGGCAGCAGUGUUGAGCACGAGUGCAAACGAUCCAGCCUUGUCAGUCACGCAGUAA